UGUACCUGAACAUAAAUCAUUUCGACAUCGCCUUUCAUUCCGUUCCUGCACUGAGAUGUCGCAGCAACUAAAACUAAACGUUACCGGGAUAAAAGAAGCAGCGUUAAUCGAUCAGGAGGAAUCAGAUCGAUGAGAAGGUGAUCAUUAAUGAUCAUCAGCUGAAUCUGAGGCGACGUUAUGGCUUCAUCAGGAACCGUUACAGAUGAACCUCUGAAGCGCAGCGACAGCUAUGGAUUACUGCCUCCAUCCAUUACAGAUGAACCUCUGAAGCGCAGCAGCAGCUCUGAAUUACUGCAUCCAACCAUGUCUGAGCUGAGGGUUGUUCUUUUGGGGAACAGCUGGGCUGACAGGAGUUCUGCUGCGAACCUCCUACUGGGAAGGACCAGGUUCAGCUCUGAUGAAGAACCAGGUGGCUGUCAGAAAGUCUUUGAACUUUUCAAGGACAAAAAUAAAGAGAAAAAAAUAACUGUCAUCAACACUCCAGAUCUGCUGCUCCCCAACAUCUCCGUCGACAAACAGUCAGAACAUUUACAGGAAUUUAUGAGACUCUCUGAUCCUGGACCUCACGUGUUCCUGCUGGUUCUACAGCCUGAAGACUUCACUGAGGAACACAAACUGAGGCUUCAGUCAGUCCUUCAGAAGUUCAGUGAUAAGUCAUUUCAUCAUUCACUGGUUCUGAUAUCAAACCCUAAAGAUGACAGUUCAGGCUCCAUUGAAAGAUACAUGGAGGAUCCACCAUUGAAAGACAUUAUGACCAAAUGUAGAGACAAGUUGUUGUGGCAGAAGAACCUUGGACAUCGAGAACUGUUAACACUUGUUGGCAAGAUGGUAAAGGAGAACAACGGAGAUCAUGUGAGCUGUGAUCUUUCCAUAGAUGCAACAUCUGAGUCACCUGCUGGUCCUCCAGGAGACGCAGUCGGUGUCGGCUUGGAUCCUGCUGAUUCUGCACAUGGACUCAGGAUUGUAUUGUUUGGAAAAGGUGAUGACAAAAAGGCAGCACUGGGAAACAUCAUUGUUGAGAAAAAAGCGUUUUAUGUCCAAAGAUUCUCUGGAGGAAAACAGUGUGUAGCUGCUCAUGGAACAUGGAACAAGAAACCUUUAACGGUAGUGAAAACUCCAGACGUCUUCAGUCUGUCUGUGGGAACAGUGAGAGAAGCAAUAAAGAGUUGUGUGGAUCUCUGUUCUCCUGGACCAAAUGUUCUGCUGCUGUUAGUGAAACCUUCAGAUUUCACUGAAGAAAACAGAAAAACUCUCAAGUUCAUCCUGAGUCUGUUUGGUGAAGACGCCUUCAAACACUCGAUGGUCAUCAUGACUCAGAAUGAAGACAAACACAAUCAGUCCGUGGAAAAACUCCUCCAAGACUGCAGACAAAAGCAGCACAGCAUCAAUCCUGACAAGAAGGAUCCUUCAGGUCAUGACGUUGAAGAGUUAAUGCAGAAAAUGGAAGCUAUAGUGAGUGACCUCAGGGGAGGAUAUCUGAUAUUAACUGAAGAAGCUGAUCAGACAGUGAUGAAAAGGUCCAAACCUCCUCUGAACCUGGUCCUGUGUGGUAGAAGAGGAGCUGGGAAGACUUCAGCAGUCAACGCUAUUCUGGGACAAAGAAACUUUGGUCGACCUGAAGAUUCAUCAGAGUGUGUUAGAACCCAGGGAGAGGUGUGUGGACGUAGGGUUUCCCUGCUGGAGCUGCCUGCCUUGUAUGGAAAACCUCAGGAGGCAGUGAUGGAGGAAUCAUUCAGGUGUAUCUCCCUCUGUGAUCCUGAGGGCGUCCAUGCCUUCAUCCUGGUCCUACCUGUGGGUCCCCUCACUGAUGAAGACAAGGGAGAGUUAGAGACCAUCCAGAACACAUUCAGCUCUAAAGUCAGAGACUUCAUCCUGAUUCUGUUCACUGUGGAGUCAGAUCCUACAGCUCCAGAAGUUGUUGACUUUAUACAGAGCAGAGACAUCCACGAGUUCUGUCAGAGCUGUGGAGGAAGAUCUGUUGUUGUCAACAUGAAGGACAAGCAGCAGAUCCCAGAGCUGCUGGAUCAAGUGGACAAGAUGAGACUGUCAGAUCAGAAACCUCACAGCUACACAACAGGAACGUUUGCUCAUGGCCAAAUGGAAAAGAACCUACAGCUAGAAGCAGUCAUCACCAAACAACAGACUGAAAUCAAGAAACUGAAAAAAUCUGAUGUGGUCAAAGCUGAUGAAGAGCAGCAGAACUCAGAGAGUCUCAGGAUUGUGCUGAUUGGGAAGACUGGCAGUGGAAAGAGUUCUUCAGGAAACACCAUUCUGGGAAGAAAACAGUUUGAAGCCAAAUUCGGCCAAAAGUCAGUCACCAAACUUUGUCAGAAGUCAGUGGGUGAAGUGGACGGACGUCCUGUUGUUGUGGUCGACACUCCUGGACUGUUUGACACAAGUUUGUCUAAUGAUGAAGUAAAUGAAGAGAUGGUGAAAUGCAUCAGUCUUCUGUCUCCAGGACCACAUGUCUUCCUGCUGGUGUUACGUAUCGGCAGAUUCACACCAGAGGAGAGGGAGACAAUACAUUUACUCAAAGAAGGCUUUGGAAAGAACUCUGACAAGUUCACCAUCAUUCUUUUAACUGGAGGAGAUGAGCUGAUGAAGGAGAACCAGUCCAUUGAAGAUUACAUUGACGAAUGUGACGAUUCCUUUAAGAAGCUGAUCUCUGACUGUGGAAGAAGAUACCACAUGUUUGAUAACUAUGAUAAACAAAACCGAACACAAGUCAGUGAGCUGAUAACAAAGAUCGACACCAUGGUGAAGGAAAAUGGAGGAAACUGCUUCACCAACAAGAUGCUGCAAGAAGCUGAAGCAGCCAUACGGAAAGAAGUUGAGAAAAUCCUGAAGGAGAAGGAAGAAGAGAUGAAGAAAAAGAUGGAGGAGCUGGAAAGAAAACAUGAGGAAGAGAUUAACAAGAUGAAAAUAACAAUGGAAAGAGAGAAAGAAAAAAUUCAGCAGGAAAGAGACCAGAAACUUAAAGAAAUGGCGGACAACAUCAACAAGGAGCGUGAGCUGAGGAAGAAAGAACGAGAAGAUAGAGAACGAGAAGAACAGAAAAGGAAAACUGAAGAAGAAAGUCAGCGACAGAAUCUAAAAAUGGAGCUUGAAAAGUUGGACAAACAAAUUCAAUCAGAAAAAGAGGAAAAGAAAAAACUGGAAGAGACCAGAGAUGAGAUGAGAAAGAAACAAGAAGCCUGGGAGGAAGAACGUAGAGAGUGGUGGAAGAAACGAAAACAAGAAGAUGAAGAGAGACAACAACAGGAGAAAAGAAGAAUAGAAGAACUUCAGGAGAAGUUCAAGCAGAAACAAGAUGAAUAUGAUAACAAGAGAAGAGAAGAAGAACAAAUCACGAGAGAACAAGAAGAAAAAGAACGGAAACAGCUGAAGGAAAAACUAGAUAUUCUGAAGAAGACGUAUGAGGAGGAAGCCAGGAAGAAAGCUGAAGAGUUCAAUGAAUUCAGAGAGAAACACAUCAAAGAAUUUACUGCCCUUAGGCAGAAGCAUGAAGAACAACUGAAAGAUAAAGAUGAGAAGUAUGACCUGUUAAAGGCACUGGCAGCCCACAAGGAAAAAGUAAAGAAGGACAAAUAUCAAGAUGAUGUUCAUAACUUGGUGAAGUGUGUGUCCAAGAAGAGGGACAACCUGAAAAGAAUCAAGGACUUGCUGACAACACAUGAGAACCAAAUGAAGAAGACCACAACUGAGGAGGAGAAAAACCACCUGCAGAAUAUUCAUGAAAGAGAAAUGAGUGACCUGAUCCAGGAUCUUCUGGGAGAAGUCGAGUCGAAAUCGUCCUGUUCCACUGGAUGAGGUGAAGCACAAACCGACCGUAACGUUUGUGCUGCAGCUUUCUGCAACCCAAGGUAUAUUUUAUUGUCAAGUGAUCUCAAGCAGCUGAAGAACUUCAUGUCUAUUUUACCAAAAAGCAUGAUUCAGUCCCUCCAGGAUUUCACAGCGUUUUUCCAGAUUGUUUUGUCCUAAAAUGCCUGAAUUCACGGCAGCUUUUCUAAAAAAUUGAGACGUAAGUUGCGAUGUUUUAAGCGUACUUGUUGCGAUGAAAUUGUGGGAGACAGUGACAAUUGUUAAAAAGUUGCAUUUUUUUCAGCUUUUAGAACAUGUUUCAACAUUGUAAUUGACAAUAUUUAUUCAGAAAUUAAUUCUUUCACACUCCAACCCAUUUAUACAAAAUCUGGCACACCAUGGUGAGAAAUCAGCAGCAGCCAGAUACCGGUUUAACAUGAAGUGGUUGGUAGAUUGAAGGCACAGAAUGAUCAUUUACUAUGGAAUGAAUCACAUUUGAACAUAUCUGUCAGUGGCUUAAAAAGUUAAUUUCUCUUCCUGUAACACGCUCACAGCUUGUCAUGUUAAUUAACAAGAAAAGCCCUCAGAGAGCAGAACUCCACCAGGACUGUUCAUCACCUGACCUUAUGCUGAGCACAGGUGUGUGUUCUGCAUGUGGACGUUAUGUACAGAUACAGAAUCAUGUGACCUAAAUAUGUAGCGGAAUUGAUGGGACUCAGAAACACCCCACAGUUUAAUCAACUGUUCCUGGUAUCAUUUCCGAUAAGUGCAGUGGUGGAUUUGUAGUAGGAUCGCAAUGAUGUGAUCAUCAGCAGGCUGCUGAGGUAGCGUCCACUUGUUGCCAUGGUUACCAUGCCGCUACCUCAAUGGGAAAUAUGAACAAAUCCAUGGAUCCAGACUAUAAGCUGCAUCACUGCUAAAAUCUAAUCACUUGGUUCUUGUGUCAUUUCUGACCUUCUCUGAAAAUUUCAUCCAAAUCCUUUAGUCUGUUUUUGAGUAAUUUUCCUAACAGAGGAAUGAUUCCAUACGCUGAUCGUCUCAUAACUCCACCGUGCUCCUUGGUGGAAUAAUGAAUCUAACUGUCCUUCAUUCUUUCAGAGCUCCAACAGAUCUGGAUGCUACAGUUUCCAUCACAGUGAUUUAUCUGGUCUGUGGUCUGCUAGUUUCAGACGUUCUCCUGAUGUGUUUCAUGGUAGAAAAGUGUUUAUCAAUCAAUGAUUUUUUUUUGUAUUCCACCACAAUAUUGCGCAGGUGUAAAACAGUUUACUCCCGCUUUGGUGAAGAACAUCAGGGAAUUAAUUGUUUUUCAUGGUCUUCAGCAGUAGGUUUUGUUGGUAAAUGAGAGACAUUAGAAUGGACGUGUCUGCAUCUUCAAACCAUAAACAGGAAGUGAAUUCGGUGAUGUACGUGCGUUACGUUUGCUGUGAUUGAUGGAACUCAUGGGAGGUGGGCCAAAAUUGCAGAAAAGUUGCGGUGAUUGGACAAAAUUGCAAGGUUGAGCAGAAUUUGCAGAGAUUGGGUGAAUUCGCAUGAAUUCGCGCGAUCACAACAUCACGAAUUCCUGGAGGGACUGAUGAUUUUAUCUGUAAUAUUCAGAGUCUUCACUCUGUUUGUUUUUGUAAAGUUUUGUAAAUCUUGAUGGCAUGUCUAUUUUAAUUUUUUUGCCUUUUCAUCGUAUAGAGUUUGAGUUCUGUAAAAAGAUAAGGCGAAAUGAGUCGACAUUUCAGCCUGCAGAAAAUCUUCAUGAUAUUUUGUUCCAUUUUCUUCUGUACUGUUUCGUUGGGAACUUUAAAAGAGACUUUGGGGUUUCAUUAAUAAUGUUUUUUUUUUAGUUAUCUUGAACUAUGAGAAAGUAUAUAAUGUUUGUAAAAUCAAAGAAAUCAAAUAUUACAGCAAAUAUCCCAAGUUAAACAUGAAUAACGCUCAAACUGGUCAUCAAAAUGAUAAAACUGAUGUUAGAGAAAUGUAUUCUGAUACGUUCCGUUGUUUUGCUACAUGUCAAAUAGUAUUGGAUGCUUUAUAACUGGUUGGAUUGGCUUCAGACAAAUUAAUUUUUUGUGCUGUUUUCUGUAUUGAUCUUUGCUUUGUGUUUCUGUUCUUAAAAAAAGAUGAAUAAAGUGUUGUAAAAUGCUGAAGUCAAA